AUGCAUCCAUCGUUAACAUUAUCUUUAUCUCUCCCCCAACCUCGCCCUUGCUGGACAAACGAACCAACACCGAUGCCUUACUGGGUCACUGCCAUCUCGGGUCCUCAGCUUUGUUCCGGGAUUGGAUGUGAUGGCUACACAGGGCUCCCGGCUGAUCUUGAUCUACUUGCAUCGGUGACCUCUCUCUUUCCCCUCCUCCGUUUCUUGCCUUUUGUCUCGUUCUUAUCUGUAGAUGGCUAUGUGAUCCAUUCUUGGGCAGCUCCAGACCAGCUGCAGAUAGUCAACAAUCCCAAAGCAAGCAAGUCACUGACAGCCGGAUCGAAGAUGCCGAUCGUGAGGACCGAUCAUGAGAACGCGGAUCAUCCAUCUAAGCAAGACUUGUCACCUUUCGCCUCCCGUCCUGUGAGGGGGUCGGCCAAUAGCACAACUGCAGCUGCUGCGCACCCCAACCAAGUAGAUGCAGCCAAAUCGGUUGCAGAUGGACAGAUCCGAGGCGGGGCACCACUAACUCUCCAUCAAACGAAGGCUCAGUGGCUCAACAAUCACGCCUUUGUGCAACCGAAAGGGUUACACUUCAGGGUACUGUGUACGAGGGCAUCUCCUGCAGAAAUGGGUAUGGGCCAGGAAUCCGGAGAUACUGCCAUGGUGGGGGGUUCAAUCCGACAGAUGCUUGAUGGGGAGCUGAGGAGUGAUCCGGCUAGUGACUCGGAUACGAGAGAGGCCGUGGUGGUUAGCAGAAAAGCAAAGCAGGCCAAUGAUGGCAAGAAGAGGAAUGCACCGGUCCAAUGCAUUGCUGAUCGGAGAUUACACGAUAAUCUUAGGUCAUUGGACCAAGCCAUGUUCUAG